AUGUCACGUCGUCAGGCGAGAAGCGAAGACUGCCGGUACUUUGCAAAUGGAACGUGUUCAAAGGGAAACGCGUGCACAUUCAGGCAUGAAGAGACAACACGGAGAAACAAUAUUUGCCAAUUCCAUUUGGCUGGGAAAUGUACAUUCGGUGAAGUAUGCCGCUUCAAGCAUGUCGAGCUUUCUCAACACUCCAAAUCCAGUAGAUUCAAUGUGGAAGCGCCAGCUUUCGUGCCCAGUUGGCUGAAGAAGCCAAUACCUUCUGAAUCAUCUUCAAUGUUACACUCAUUGCUUUCAAGCUUAAAUGACCAAUCCACGUCGUCGUCAGCAGCCAUACCAGAUCAGAUGUGUUCAGAUCACGAGAGAACUGGAAAUUGUGAAAGCAGGAACGUGAGCUGCGCCUUCCUUCAUGGCGAUUACUGUGAUUUGUGCAAUCAUUGGUGUCUGCAUCCAUUCGAUCAAGAUUUGCGACAAAAGCAUCACCAGGAAUGCACCGCGAACCAUCUGGCCGAGAUGGAAAAAGCUUUUUUGAUAAAAGAGUCCGAGGAGAAAUCGUGCGGAAUUUGUAUGGAGAAAAUUUUGAAGAAAAAUAAGCGAUUCGGGAUAUUGAACGGAUGCCAGCAUUGUUUCUGUUUGGAGUGUAUCCGCAGAUGGAGAUCAAGAGACCAGCAAGCGUUGAUGGCCACUGAAGUCGUGAGGUCCUGUCCAGAGUGCCGUCAACAUUCGGACUAUGUGAUCCCCUCGAUAUUUUGGGUCGAAAAAAAAGAGGAGAAAGAGCUGCUCAUCAAUAUGUACAAGGAUAACAUGAAAACGAAAAUUUGCAAGUAUUAUGAGAACAGACGACGAGGAUUCUGCAAGUUUGGCAACAAGUGCUUCUACAAACAUCAACUUCCAGACGGAACUGUUGAUCCAGGGAAGUCUCCGCAGACUAGACGCCGUGAGCGUCUUUUCGAUUUUUUUGUUCCCUAUGAAACCGAUUCUGAUGAUUCGGAUGAUGAUACGGUCUACAAUGAAAAUGGGGUACCAUGGAUGGGAGUCGCUAUUCCCAGUGAUUCUCCUCCAAUUGAAGACAGGGAGUCAGAAACGCCGCCCUCAGCACAUUUCUUCAGAUUCUUAGCUGGUAUGACUAGACUGUUGCAAGAGACAAGAGACGAUGAUGACGAAGUGGACGAUCCUAUGAUCGAUAUGUUUUGA